UUAGCAGCUCUUUGUGCUUCUUAUCUGUGAAUUGUGUUAGCUUUUGCACAUGCACGUGUUUUGGUAUGAAUAUUAAAAAGGUUAUAUUUGUGUAAAGUAUUAAAAAGUGUUAUUCUCCCUGUUUACUUAAAAAAUGGGAUUUUCACCAAGGGGUGGCGGUGGUGGUCGUGGCCGUGGUGGCGGAGGUGGUAGAGGUGGUUUCAGAGGUCGCGGCGGUGGAGGUGGAGGUGGUGGUUUUAAAAGUGGCAGGGGCGGCGGUGGAAGAGGGAGAGGAGGAGGAGGUGGAAGAGGACGAGGGGGAAGACCUAGUGGAGGAGGAUUUAAGGGCGGAAAAACGGUUAUUAUUGAACCACAUAGGCAUGAAGGUGUCUUUAUUGCCAGGGGCAAAGAAGAUGCAUUAGUCACAUUGAAUUUAGUGCCUGGAAGUGAUGUAUAUGGAGAAAAAAGGAUAUCUGUUGAGAAUGAUGGAAAUAAAAUAGAAUACAGAGUAUGGAAUCCAUUUAGAAGUAAAUUAGCUGCUGCUAUAUUAGGAGGCAUUGAUCAGAUUCACAUGGCUCCUGGAAGCAAGGUUUUGUAUUUGGGUGCGGCAUCGGGCACAACAGUUUCUCAUGUAUCAGACAUUGUGGGACCAGAAGGGUUGGUGUAUGCUGUUGAAUUUUCUCAUCGUUCGGGAAGAGACUUAAUAAAUGUUGCUAAAAAACGAACAAAUAUAAUUCCAAUAAUUGAAGAUGCCAGACAUCCACACAAAUAUAGGAUGCUUGUUGGUAUGGUUGACACAAUAUUUGCGGAUGUUGCACAACCAGAUCAGGCCAGGAUAGUUUCCCUGAAUGCUCAAUAUUUUUUGAAAAAUGGCGGACAUUUUGUUAUAUCUAUUAAAGCGUCGUGUAUCGAUUCUACUGCCCAACCUGAAGCAGUGUUUGCAUCAGAAGUUAAAAAAUUACAAGCUGAUAAACUUAAACCGCAGGAACAGAUCACAUUAGAGCCUUAUGAAAGAGACCACGCUGUUGUAGUUGGCGUUUAUAGACCGCCACCAAAGUCACAGGGCCAGAAAUGAUAAGUUUUUUUUUUUAUAGUUUUUAAGCUGAAAGUUCAAAACGCUUGAAGUUUUAUGUAUGAGAUAAUGUCAACAUUAUUUUACCUCAUUUUUUUGUAAAACAAGUUAUCAAAAAUAUAUUUGUAUGAAUUGAGA